CAAGAUUUCAUUCUUCAGCUUCAGAUGCGCUUGCCAUGAUGACACACACUUGGUCCCUUUGUUGUCCUACUCCAACGUUAACAAGAACAACGCCCGGUAGAUCAGAGAAAGAAUGUGAUGGGCAAGACAGCUUGUGUGUGAAGGCAAACGUGAAUGAAGAAUACUUAGAAGCAUUUAGAACUAAGUCAUACAUAGAAAUAUGCAACAAAGCACAAGGCCAACUUGGGAGAACAAUAAGAAGAUCGCCACUAUUGUCUUCAAAUAACAAUUCUCCAUCAACAAAUUCAUCUUCUUCUACCCUUCCAUUCUGCAAGCACCUCACAGAGUUCUUGCUUGAUCCAAGGCAAGAGAACAUAACAAGCGUGGCUGAAACCACCAAAGUUCACCAUCUCCUUGUGAACUACUUUGAAUCCAGCUUAGAAGCCUGCCAUUGUUGCGACCAAAUCCUCCAAGGGCUCCACUCCAUGAGACUCUCUUAUAGAAGAAUCAAGAGGGUUGUUAAGAUAAGCAAAAUGGUUCUUGAUGAAGACUGUAACAACAAUGGAGACCAACAACAACAAAUCCAAAAGGAUGUUAUCUAUAGAGAGCUUGCUUCUUUUGCAUUGCAGAACAACCCUUUGUCCAUUCAAUUCCACGACAUUCAUCAAAGGUUCAUGGAGCUGUUGCAUAGGCUGAGAUCAAAGAGAGUGAAGAUUCAGAGGAAACUAACAUGGAAGAGCAUAUGCAAGAAGGUGGCAGGGAUUGGUCUUGUGACAGCACACAGUGCUAUAGUUGUUGCAUUAUUGGUGCUUUGUUUUCACAGCAUUGUGGGGUUGGUGGCUGCACCGGGAAUUCUAGGGGGCUUGGUUGGUUGGUUGAUAAAGAGAAUAUUCAAAGGGAAGAAUAGUAAGAAUGGAAGAAUUAGGAGAAGUUACUGUGAGAGGCUGUGUGAGCAACUAGAUGUGGCAGCAAAAGGGAUAUAUAUAGUGAUAAAUGAGUUGAACACAGUGAGUAGGAUGGUGAUGAGGCUGCGUGAUGAGGUGGAGCAUAGAAGGGUCAUUGCACAAGUGUGUGUCAGGAACUAUGGAAAGUCUGAGAUACUGAGGCAGGUUCUUAGGGACUUGAAUGACAAUCAGUCAAGCUUUUUGGAUCAGUUGGAGGAGCUUGAGAACCAUAUUUACUUUUGCUUUCUCACCAUUAACAGAUCAAGGAGCCUCCUUCUCCAAGAAAUUACCCAGGAUUUAUAAGCAUUCAUUCAAAUGUUAAGUAUUGGUUCCUCUAUUAUAAUUUUUUGGAGGCCCUAUAUAUGUGUGAUUAAAAGGGAGUCUUUGGUUGAGUUGUUUGUAUGUAAGGUCCUAAGCUAAACUGCCUAGUAUAUGUUCUGUCUUUUCACAAUGUAUAGUUCCUCUUCCUUCUCAUAGAUCCAGCUGGAAGUGAUAUGAGCGAAUUCCUGUAAAAGUUCAAGUUUCCAUCUGCUGAUGCGUGAAUUUUUGUUGUAUACAUGAAUUCGUGGGCUCUGAUUACUAGCUGGCUUAGAAUACCACAGUAUUACAUUGAUCUCAUUAUUACAAUUGCUAUUAUCGUUUGAAGAAUAGGUGUCUUCAAAUGAACUCGCCUGAUAGAACAGAAUCAUAUAAUAAGCAAGGUUCUUUAUCAAAUAU